AUGGGGGUACUAGCAGGAAAAAGUACUGCCCAUAUUAGAAAGAUAAGAAGUUUACGAGUGGUGCCAUCAAACUCGGAUGAGAAGGCUGAAUCCGAUGAUGCAGGCCUCCGCCCUCACAAGAUGCAUAAGACUGUGUCUGUGGGCAAGCUUCUUGGUGGCAUCGAUGAUAUUCUUGGUGACAAGUUUUUUGUGACUGGGCAGAAUGAGAGAGUGGCAGUGCCUAGUUCUUCGGUGACACCACCUUCGUCGUUUACUGGUUCAUUCCCAGACGAUUUUGGUUCCAGCUCCAUGUUUGGGGGUAUAUCGGGUUCACUUAAAGGUUCUUACCAGCCGGAGAGGCCUGCCAGAGUGGGCGAAGUGGGAACUACUUCUCACUCCUUGUCUUUCGAGGCAUAUGCUCCGGGUUGGGCGAUUACAAAGGAUUCCUUACUGUCGGAAGACAUCACCGCCUAG